ACGACUCUUCUGGCAGAAUCCUAUGUGGGGGAACUGCGUCUCAGAGAUAGGGUGAAGUCCUAACCUUUAGUCAAGCGUCUAGUCUAGUCAAGUGGCCAACAUCCAGAGAGGUCCAGUGCUCUGAGCGCCCCACUUGACAAGACUAGAACCUUGACCAGAGGCCAUGCGACUGCCAGGCUUUGCGCAUCGUCAACUUGCACAUCGAGACAGACCCACCCACCCUCACCUGCGAGGCGGUUGGCACCCACAACCACGGGCUGGGAGCAUCGGCUCAAGAUGCCACAAUGAAUCAGGUCGGAUCUGCUGCCACGGACGCUGCAAAAGAGCGCCCUACCUCUUUCCAGUGUGAAGCGGUCCGCACACACAACCACGGGCAGGGAGCAUCAGUACAAGUUGCUGAGGCAACAAAGUGUGCCGCACAAGCAGAGGACGCAAGGGCAUCCGAGCCUUCCUCUGGAGGCUUGGCACGAGGAGAAAAGCAGCGGGCGUUCCUCGUAGGUAGUACGGCUGAAGGGAGUGGCGAAUCAUGGCCAUUUUGGGAAUCUCACUCUGCGCCUGGAGAACCCUGCUAGAAAGAGCCAAUCAGUGCCGGGAACAAUGCCAGCCACGCUGUGGGGCUACCUACA